AUGUCCUUAAACCGCAUCUCCUUCCUUGAAGGAUGGGAGCGCAACCCCGUGGCCUUUCUCAGCCACCCCGAAUCCGACGAUUCAGAUCCGGACGCCUACCAAGAUCUGCCCGAAGGAUCUGUGGCAUCUUCAUUCCCCUCCACAUACAGCAGACUGAAUUUCAAUCCUUAUGCGGGGCCAGGCUGGAACGAGAGCCCAGAGGGUCUACAGGACGAUCGAUCAUCUUUUUUCGGACCCUCGUUUCUGGGUCUCUCACCGACAACUACCCGAGAACGUGUGGGUUCGGUCUCAGCACAGGGGCUGGGAUCUGUUGAGCGGACUGUGCAUGAGGAUUCGGGGACAACCGUUGCUCGGAAGCAUCCCUGGGCUGAUACUACUGGUGCUUAUGAAGUGAGCGCUGCUAGGAGAGUUGCCCAGAUCUGCACGGCAGUUGUAUACUGCUUCCUGGCUGCCGGGGUGGUUUUCGGCUUUGCAGCUCUCAAGCCCAUCCUUAUUAGAGAGAAAGUAUAUCGCAACCUCUGCUCCGAGGCGGAGCUUGAGAAAGCUGUCAAUGUCUGCUACGGCCAAGAGAUCCGUCUAAACCUGAUGUUCACCAUCGCCGCUGUAGUAACCAAUGUCUCAGCCCUACCCGUAGGAACAGUCCUAGACGCGUAUGGACCCCAAGUCUGUGGGAUCGCCGGCAGUAUCUGUCUCGCCGUAGGAGCAGUACUCUUCGGGACAGCCAACAAACUUCCAUUCGAUGGAUACACCCCCGGUUACUUAUUCCUAGCACUGGGUGGACCGUUCGUAUUCAUUCCGUCCUUUCAUCUAUCGAACACAUUCCCCACACGAUCUGGCCUGAUCCUAUCAAUGCUGACAGGCGCCUUCGAUGCCUCAAGUGCUCUAUUCCUACUUUUCAGGCUAUUAAACGAACACACCCAGGGCUUCGUAUCAGUCAGCAAUUUCUUCGCGGCGUACCUAAUCGUACCGGUAUUCAUCACCGCAGCACAAAUCUUCAUAAUGCCACCAACAUCCUACAAAACCGCCGGCGAGCUCGUGCAACACGCCGAAGCGCAGGUCGUAGACGAAAUGCACGAUCGCAUAGACGACACCGUCAACGACCGCAGCGAGGGCGAGCGCCAGCGCAUGGACAGACGACUCCAUCGCCAAAGCAUCGUCAGCCACAUCCAAGAUUUACUAGACGACGGCACAGCAUCCGUGAUGUCCGGCAACACGAUCAACAACUCCAUCUUCCACACGAAUAUCAACACGGAAACCACAGCAACCCACGAAGCUCCAACACCGCACUCCCACACGCACCAACAACCAACCCCCAAUCCUGCUCCCGGCGGAAUCUGGGGCGUUCUCCACGGCCACAGUGCACUAUACCAACUCCGCACACCAUGGUUCACACUAAUAACCGCCUUCACAGUGCUAAUGAUGCUACGAAUAAACUACUUCGUCGCAACACUACGCUCCCAAUACACAUACCUCCUCUCCAGCGAAACAGCAGCACAAAUAAACGCAACAUUCGACAUCCUCCUACCGAUCGGCGGACUGAUAUCCGUGCCGUUUAUCGGGACAUUCCUCGACAUGUUCCAGACACGCACCGUGCUAUUCAUCCUGGUCGUGUUUGCAACUCUCAUCGGCGUGUUGGGGUGCAUACCGCAUGUCAUCGCGGCGUAUGGGAAUAUCGUUCUGUUUGUGUUGUAUCGACCGUUUUAUUACACUGCUGUGUCGGAUUACGCGGCUAAGGUUUUCGGGUUUGCGACGUUUGGCAAGGUGUACGGGCUUAUUAUUUGUCUUGCUGGUGUUGGGAAUUUUGCGCAGGCGGGCCUUGAUGCGCUUACGUUGAGGGUUUGGAGCGGGGAUCCGGUGCCUGUUAAUGUUGGGCUUACGGUAUUGGUUGCUUGUGUUGGGGGUGGGCUUGUUGGAUUUGUUACUUAUCAGACGGGUGUUUUGGGUGGAAGGGGUGAUGGUGAUGGCGAUCAGGUUGUUAGGGAGAGGGAGCCGUUGUUGAGGAAUGAAGUACCUGGGAGAGGGUAUGGGGCGUGA